AUGACCCUCCAAGAAAACCGCGCCCUGCGCAUCCUAGACCACGCCUCCGCAAACCACUAUGCCAUCCCCGCAAUGUGCUGCUACAACAUAGAAGGCAUCUUAGCAACCAUCCGAGCCGCCGAAGCCAAACGCUCCGCAGCAAUGGUCCUCCUCUUCCCAUGGGCCAUCCAGUACGCGGACGGCGUCCUCCUCCACGCGGCGGCCGAAGCCGCGCGCAAAGCCACCGUACCCGUAAGCGUGCACAUGGACCACGCGCAAACACCGGAGAUGAUCCGGUACGCUGCUGAUCUGGGUGGAUUCGACAGCAUCAUGGUGGACAUGUCGCACUACGAGAAGGCGGAGAAUCUUUCUCUGACGCGCGAGCUGGUGGAGUACUGCCAUGCGCGGGGGAUUGCGACGGAGGCGGAGCCUGGUCGGAUUGAGGGUGGGGAAGAUGGUGUUGCUGAUACGGCUGAGCUUGAGGGGUUGCUUACGACGCCGGAGGAGAGUCGGGAGUUUGUUGAUACGGGGAUUGAUUGGCUUGCGCCUGCGUUCGGGAAUGUGCAUGGCGAGUAUGGGCCCAGAGGGAUCCAGUUGGAGUAUGAGAGGUUGAAGUCGAUUAAUGAGGCUGUUGGUCGGGAGGUGAGGCUUGUGCUUCAUGGGGCGGAUCCGUUCACUGAGGAGAUCUUUAGGAAGUGUAUUGACUGUGGGGUUAGUAAGGUGAAUAUUAAUAAGGUGUUGAAUAAUGAGUAUCUGAGGGUUCAGGCGGAGAUGGCUGGGAAGGUGCCCUUGACGACGUUGUUGGAGGAAGCAACCAAUGCUAUGCAAAAGGCUGUUGAAGGAUGCAUUGAUCGGUUGGGGUCUGGGGGGGAGAUACCCAUCGAGUUAGGAGAUGAGUUCGGAGUGUUUUAUGUUUUAUGUACUGAGAUGAAAUCUGCGUGA